AUGUCAGGCACCAUUCUCAAGAACCAAAUAAAGGUACACAUUUUAGGAGCAGGUGCUAUUGGGUCAUUGGUGGCUCAUGAUUUGAAACAAAAGUUUCCAAACCUACUCAAGCCAGUUGUAUUGUUGAAACCGGAUUCGUUAGUUGAACCUUCGACAAAUCAUCAAAUCAGUGUUACACGUUUGGACGACGAUAACCAAGAGUUCAUUAGCAAGGCCGAAGUGCAAGCAAUCAAACCACAACAUGUUAAAGAUACUAUUGAGAAUUUGAUUGUUACAACGAAAUCUUAUCAAACAAUACCAGCUAUGCAGCCAUACUUAUCACAUAUAUUGCCCAAUACAAAUAUCUUGUUUUUACAAAAUGGUAUGGGGGUGACAAGCACAUUAGUUAAUAAAUACUGGUCUCACCAAAUAAGACCCAACAUCUAUGAGGGAAUAACUACACAUGGGGUAUAUGUAAAUAAUGGCAUAGUCCACCAUGUGGGGAGAGGCCAAAUUGCAUUGUCAACGUAUCCUGGAAAGUCAGAUAUAGAUGAUUUCCCAGCACUUAUUCAAUGUAUACUAGAUACCCCUUAUUUGAACGCAACUCGCUACGAGUAUCCAAAGUUCUUGCUAAUGCAAUUGGAGAAAUUAAUAGUAAACUGUUGUGUGAACCCAUUUACUGCUAUUUUUGAUUGCAGGAAUGGUGAACUACUUUAUGGUAAUAAAUUGACAUUUAUAUGGAAAAGAAUUAUUAGCGAGGCCAAAAAUGUCUUUGUCAAAGAGUAUACUAUUCUAAAGUCCAUGCCAGAAUCAGAAUCAUUCUUGAAUACUGAUCGACUUUUAAAGAGUGUUAUUGAUGUUUGUAAAAACACUGCCAAAAAUAGUUCCUCAAUGAGACAGGAUGUACGAAAUUUGAGAAAUACAGAAAUUCAAAAUUUAAAUGGGUAUAUUUCAUUCUUGGGGCGUAAAUUGAGAAUUGGUACACCUAUUAAUGAUAUGGUAACGAAUAUGAUUGACGGCAAGAUUAGUAUAGAUAGAGGUAUCGAUCGACAAGCUGCAGAUUCCUUGUCAAAAUUCUGA